UGAUCCCGUGGGCAAUGUUCUCUUGCUCGGGUGAGCAGAAAUCACACGGCAAAUGCGCCCUGUUGAGAGCCUUGAUUGCGAACAGUGUCAAUUUCAGGACAAGUGUACUUUUAGAAGUUCUUAGGGGUUCAGGGGUCAAGCGUUCGGUACCUGUGGGAAAGCGGGCAACGAUAACCGUGGGAACAAGAUUCACAAGCCAUCUGCUCCGACUUCCAUGGGCCUAUCUGACAGGUUGAGCAGCUCUUCCAACCUGCAGCAUGGGCAGAUGGUAGAAAAACGCAGCUCACCUGACACGUGCACCUGUAAAGGAGCUCAAUCGUUGGCAUGAGGGGGCCGCAAUCCUUAUUUCGGGCCGCAAAGGCCUACGUAAGCGGUCCAGAUGUAGCUCUGCCGUCAGUCCUCUGCAGCAAGAGGUCUGCACAGCCAGAGAGCAGGCCAGAAGUGGCCGAGGAGCGUUCCUCAGAGAAGAGCUGUCAGGAUGGCGUGUCAGCCAGGGGAGAGAAUAAAAGAUUGGAUGUGAGCGGGACACAGAGCGGUGGCAUGUCCAGCCAUGGCUCCAUAGGCCAGGGAUCAUCACAGCCGCAGGAGCUUGAGGGCUGCAGAGUGAGCGAAAGUACGGAUGUCACCAGUGACAGCCUGGGCCACACCAGCAUCAACACACCUUCGGAGGUUGAAGAUGCUGAUGUCUCGAGCUCGCCUCUGCACGGAUUGAAGUGCGGCUCUUCGCAGGAGUCUCUGCCUGCCAGAACAGCCGGGUGUUCCGGAGCGCGAGAACUUCCGGAAGUGGCGGGCAGCACCGCCCGGGAGAAGGCCGGCAAUGCGCGAGCCAUGGCCGAAGCUGCAAUGGCAGACGCGCGCGCAAAGGCGAGGUGUGCGGCAGAGCUGAUGGCUGGGGCGCAGCAGAAGAGCGUGCUGGAGUCCAGGUCCCUCAAGCGCAAGCGCGGCCUGGGCCUGAAGAGCUAUGUGGGACCGCCCAGCCAUGUCCUGCUGGGAGUGCGCAUCAGCGUCUUCUGGCCCGACGACCACGCCUUCUAUAAGGGCCGCAUCGUGGAGGUGUUGGACGAUGAGGACAGGGUGAUGGUGAAGUACGAUGAUGAGAUGGAUGAGGCGCUGCAGCUGCUGAACGAGCGCUUUCAGUGGCUCGCGCCGCGCGCCCAGACCGCUGGCGCCAACGCUGAGCUGCAGAUUGAGAUGGCGCGGCUGGGGGCGGAGGGCGUGGCGGAGACGCCGCAGAUGCCGGACACAACGGGCAUGACGAUGGUGCGCGCACCCCCGGGGGCCGCAGCUGUUGGCGGCCGCGUCAGCGUCCAUUUCGCUGGCGUCGGAAUCUGGUGCCGCGGUGAGGUCUUGGCCUACGACGCCACUCUGGAGAGCCACCAGAUUCUGUACGAGGAUGGGGAGCACGAGUGGGUGCGCUUGAGCAGAGAGGCGCACACCUGGUGGCCUGGAUGCCCUGAAGCAUCCUACCCAGCCGGCCUCCCUCCUGGCACCGCUGCUCCCAGCAGCCAGGAGGCCAUUGGCUGGCGCGUGUCGAUCUACUGGCCUGACAAUGCCACGUUCUAUGAUGGCGAGGUCAUUGGAUUCGACAAUGUCACGCUUCGCCACCAUGUGAUGUAUGACAGCGGGGACCAGGAGCACCUGAUAUUGGACACAGCAAAGACAUGCUGGGUGAUGCCUCCAAGCGUGAGCAGCAGCCAAGCUGCUGGCUCGGAGGAGUCAGCGCCCAAGAGCACGCCGCUGGGCAUGGACAUUGCCACCAGCGGCAGGUCUCUGCGCAGGAGCGGCUCUGCCGGCCAGGCCGCGCGCCAAGCCGCUCUGCUGCGCGAGCCCGCUCUGAACAGGUGUGGAGACCAUCUACCUGGGAAGGCCUGGCUCAAGGACGAUCUGGGAGGCCAGGGAGACGGUGAGCUGCUGCCCUUCGACGAAGGCAUGCUGGACGAGGGCCUCUGCUCGGAGGAUUUCCCCCAGGAAGCCGUCCCCGGCGAGCAGCUGAACGGCGUCGCGGCUGCGUGGUGGCACCAGCAGCCGCACAGCCACAGCGCAGCAAUGCUCAUCUCCAGCCUCGGGCCGCGCCGCUCGCUCAGCCACCAGCUGCCCUCCCUGGCAGAGGACGAAAAUGUUGCAGCCUGGCCCUCCUCCAGAGACUUGCUGCCGGUCGCGGCGAAGGCAGUGCGCAGCCCGGCCCUGCGUACGCAGCGUAGCCUGCCAGACUGCUCCUCGCUCGGCGUGCUCGGCGGCCGCGCCGGCGGGCCGGCGCUGACGCGCGCGUCGACGCUGCCGUCGCCGGCGGCCGAUUGCCAGCUGGACGAGCUGAUCUGCCAGCUGGAUGGCGGAGCGGAGGCCAUCAGCAUGGCGUCCCCGCUGUCGGCCGGCCUGGAGCCCAUGGACAUGCAGCUGCCGGGCCUGGACCUGGGCUCCGCCUGCGUUCCCUCCAUGCUGCUCGACAACACCACCGAUGCGCAGCAGGGCUCCUCGCUGGUCGCCAGCAGCAGCGCGCCCCUGCUCGGCGGCUCCGCGCAUGGCUCUGUGGAGUUCCAGUCGCACCUCGCCAAGGACUUCCUUGGCGGCGCGUCGCCCCCCGACGUGGCGGAUGUGGCGCAGUUCCUGUGCGGCGAUGAGGAAGAUGCCAAGGCUUUCAUGGAGACGUCCGGCUCGCUUGAGUCCGCGCGCGGCAGCGUCCUGUCGAUGGUCAGCGACACUAGCGCCGUCCACCUCCCCGGCCUGCUCUCUCCGCAGCCGCCGCCCCCCGGCAGCCCCAGCCUUUGGGCCGCCUCCACCUCCGCCACCCCCGAGAGCGCGCGGCGGACGCUGCAGUGGGACGCGAUGCGCAAGCAGCAGGCGCCGGCUCUGGAGGAGCCGCUGCAGCCGCCGCCCGGCAGCGGCACGCUGGCCGCCAUGCCCAUCGCGCCGGAGCCGCUGGACGCCUCUGUAGACAUGCACCUCAGCGCUGGCACCACGGACGGCCUGGCCAUGGCCAACGAGCUCCAGACCCUCCUGGCUGAAAUGGACUGGGGGUGA